UGGACGGGAGAUCAUCAGCAAAGAGACGAGAGGUCGGGGAAGAAGAAGGCCGAGAAGCGUCCGCCGGAGCGCUCGCCGGAAGAUCGUCCGCGCUCCGAUCUCCGGCGGCGGGCGGCGAGCUCGGGACCGGGAGGCAAAUGAGCGGGAGCGACCGCCGGCAUCACCAGCAGCAGCAGCAGCCGGCGCACCGCCGUCGCCGGAGCGGGGGCGGGAUGGAAACCGAGCGGCUCAAGGCGGGGGAGAAGGAGGGCGCGGCGGCGGAGAGGAGGGAGAAGAGGUUCGAGAGGAGGCUCGUGAAGUUCGAUGAGCUGCCGGAUUACAUGAAGGACAACGAGUACAUACUGGACCACUACCGGUGCGAGUGGCCGCUGAAGGACGCGAUCCUGAGCGCCUUCGCCUGGCACAACGAGACGCUCAACGUGUGGACGCAUUUAGGGGGAUUCAUCAUCUUCGUGACGCUGACGGUGAUGAGCUUGAUAGAGAAGACGGGGACGCGAGGCUUGCUCGGCGAUUUCUCCAGGGCCACCGUCCCAGCGGAUUCGACGACGAUCGUGAUCAAGAACGCGAGCGCCUCCGCCAACGCGGUCGGUAACGAUUCACAUUUAGGACAGAUACAGCAUUCAUCAUUCCUCGAUGCCGUCGAAUCCAACCAUGAGAACAUCCCCGGAUGGCCUUGGUUCGUCUUCCUAGCCGGGGCCAUGUGCUGCUUAAUUUGUAGCUCCCUCUCCCACCUCCUCGCCUCCCAUUCCAGAAAGUUCCACUUCUUCUUCUGGCGGCUUGAUUAUGCCGGGAUCUCCGUCAUGAUCGUGUGCUCCUUCUUCGCCCCGAUAUACUAUGCCUUCUAUUGCCACCCCUAUUCUUGCUUCUUCUACCUCGGCACCAUAAGCAUCCUUGGCACGCUCGUCAUAAUCACUCUUCUCUCACCCAGCCUCUCAUCUCCAAAGUUCCGUCUCUUCAGGACCUCCCUCUUUCUCGCCAUGGGCUUUUCUGGAGUGAUUCCCGCGGUUCAUGCCGUCGUUAUUUAUUGGGGACACCCGCACAUUUUCGUCGCUCUUGGGUAUGAGCUCCUGAUGGCUAUUUUGUACGCCUCUGGAGCGUAUUUUUAUGUUACCAGGAUACCCGAGAAGUGGAAACCCGGAGCAUUCGACAUCGCCGGGCAUAGUCACCAAAUCUUCCACGUGCUUGUGGUUGCAGCUGCAUUGGCUCACUGUGCUGCGACGUUGGUGGUCUUGGAUUUCCGUCAAAGAGCACCAACUUGCGCAUCAUAGGGCUUAGCUACACAGCACUGAGAUUUGUGAGAUUGUCUUACAAUUACCACGUUGCGGUAGCCAUUCUGAUGCAAUGCAGCUUAUUGGUCCCCAAAAAGAGAGAAAAAAAUGAUGCAGCUUCUCUGAUAACUUAGCAAGGAAUUGUGUAGAGUUAAAUGGAGGGAGAGCAGCUCGAAAAGGUGUGCACUCGUGUUGUUGUAUGCGAGCUUUUACGCGAUUUUGUUUACUUUUGAAUUAAGAAAACUACAAUAUUAGCAGAGAGAUUGCUGCUCAUGGUUUGCCCAA